GCGCGCGCGCAGGUGGAGCUCAGCGUCAAAAAGUCAUCACCUGGAAGGAGAGGCAGCAACAAUGAGGGAAAGCAGGCUCUCCGGUGGCGGUCAUCCCCGGGCCGUGUGAUUUGUGUGUGUGUUUUGUUACACUCUGGAAUGGAACAACUCGGUCUGCCUCGUCUGGACUGUUGCGGAAGAAAAAAAACCUCCCAAGUAAGAAUGAAGUAACCGCAAUGGAGCCGGACAAUGCCCCGUACUCCGGACUCAAAGGCACCGGAGUCGCGGGGAGAAUUCUGAUCCUUUGGACCGUACUCUGCUGCGCCUGCUCUCUGCGGCUGGCACAAGCGCAAGAUGUGGACGUUCUGCAGCAGCUCGGGCUUUCCGGCCGGAGGCCCGGCGGGUCGUCGACCUCGAGCGACCGACCCGUCCCCGGCGGCGUCAUCCCCUUCAAGUCCGGCGUCAUCCUCACGCCGAGGGCCCGCCUCCGGGCGCCCCUGCGCGCCGUCCUCCCCGCGUCGUACGCCGCCGCCAACCUCUCCCUGAUCCUGGGCCUGUCCGUCCACCGGGUCAACGGCGCCUUCCUCUUCUCGGCCCUGUCGAGGGAGGGGAAGGUGCAGCUCGGGGUGCAGUUCUUGCGCGGAAGGGUCCUGGUGCGCGUCGGCGCGGGGACCCCCGCGGCCUUCGACCACGAGGUCCAGGACGGCCGGUGGCACAGCCUCGCCGUGGGCAUCCAGGGCCGCCGGGUGUCCCUGCACACGUCCUGCGGGGGGAGGGUCGCCCGCGCGGAUUUGCACCCCGGGGGGGGGGAGGAGGAGGAGGAGGAGGAGGCCCUGGAUGCGGAGGGCUCCUUCCUGCUGGGCAAGAUGGACCCCGGCUCGGUGCCGUUCGAAGGCGCCAUCUGCCAGUUCGACAUCUACCCGUCCGCGCAGGCGGCUCACAACUAUUGCGAUUACAUCAAGAAGCAGUGCAGGGAGGCGGACACGUAUCGGCCCGCGCUUCCACCCAUGCUGCCUGUGAUCGCCAUCGGGGCGCCUGUUCCGACCCGGCCGCCGCCGCCGCCGCCGACGGAGAUGUCCGAAUGGGCAGACGGCCCGUCGGAACCAACUGAAGCAGGAGAUGCCGAUUCUCCAAAGCCCUGGAAAGCCGGAGGAAUGGAUCUGCCUCCCUGGCCGCAACCCGCCAACGGCCCGCAGCCGGACCCCAGCGCCACAGCCGCUUUCACUCCGGUCCCUCCCCCGGGCGGCCAUCUUCCCCACGAGCGCCGUCGGCCCAGCCAAGAAGCUGCGACGGCCCCCAGGCCCGAGGUGAGCAGCGCGCAGGACGCCGAGGCCGCGUCACUUCCUCCUGUCACCGCGGCUGCUACUGACGUCCUCCAAAUGUUUGUCGUGGAGUCGGCCCCCUCCCCGCCGCUGGACGGGUUGCCCGGACUGAAGGGGGAACCGGGACCGACGGGCCUUCAAGGACUUCAAGGGUUGCCAGGAAAGCCAGGGAAGAGGGGUCCCAGGGGUCCCCCGGGACCUCAUGGAAACCCCGGUCCUCCCGGAACUCCAGGAGCGAAGGGGCAGAAAGGAGGUCCUGGACAGUCGCCUGGUCACGCCCCAAAAGGCCCCAAAGGAGAGCCCGGUGUCGUGGGCCCACCCGGACUACGCGGCCAAGAUGGACGCAAGGGACACAAAGGUCAUCCCGGCCCUGUUGGUCUGCCUGGGGAACCUGGUGAGCGGGGAGAUGAUGGAAGCCCCGGAGCCAAAGGCUAUCCUGGCAGGCAGGGUUUACCCGGGCCUGUUGGGAUAAUGGGGCCAAAAGGAAUGGCGGGUCACAUAGGUUACCUCGGGCGUUUCGGCCUCCCUGGUCCUGACGGUGAGAGGGGAAUCCCUGGCGGUCACGGCAAGAAGGGCAAGAUGGGUAGGCCGGGGUUUUCCGGGGACUUCGGAGUGAGAGGACCGCCUGGCCCUGAUGGGAUCCCAGGUGAGCUGGGCUCUCCUGGUCCAUGUGGAGUCCCUGGUCUUAUUGGAGACGUAGGCGCGGUGGGCUUCAUGGGAACACCAGGAACACCGGGACCCAAGGGAGUACCUGGAAACCCUGGGGAACCAGGACUGAAAGGUGAUCAGGGGGACGAUGGCGUAGCGGGGGAGCCGGGGGACGGCGGAUUCCGAGGGGACAAGGGCGUGCGUGGCUCUCCCGGGGUGCUGGGUCCUUCUGGAGAACCUGGACCACAGGGCGACCCCGGUGACAGGGGCCCCGAUGGUUCUCCCGGUCCUCCUGGACCAGAGGGUUUCCCGGGCGACAUCGGCCCGCCGGGACAGAAUGGCCCCCAAGGACCCAAGGGGAAGCAAGGGACGCGAGGUUUGCCCGGUCCAAUAGGAACACUGGGUCUUCAGGGCGACGAGGGGCCGGUCGGGCUCGCUGGACCCGCUGGACUCGAGGGCAGGCCGGGGAGGCAGGGGUUCCCUGGACUGACGGGCCCGGACGGACUCAAGGGCGAGACCGGGAUAACUGGCGAGGGUGGACAGGUUGGCGAGAGGGGUCUGCCGGCAUUCGUCGGGCCGGUCGGAGAGACCGGCGUCGCGGGAGAAAAGGGGAAUCGCGGCGAAACCGGGGGCCCGGGGCCGGCAGGUGAAACGGGGGCGAUGGGUCACACCGGAGUACCUGGGGAGGCGGGACCACCUGGACUGCAAGGGAUCCCGGGGCCCCCUGGUUCACUUGGAUCCAUCGGCAUCAGAGGAGCCAAAGGCAGCGGUGGCCCGCUGGGUCCCGACGGGCCGCCGGGGGGGAAGGGGUCCACUGGAGUCAAGGGCGCCGACGGCCCACCGGGAAGAUUGGGCCUCCCCGGGGACGUGGGGAAGCUCGGCGCGCCGGGGGCAGAGGGGCCAAAGGGAUUUCCGGGUGUCCAAGGGCCCUCUGGACCUCCGGGGGCCAAAGGGAUCGCAGGAGAGCCAGGAGCAGCGGGGCCACCGGGAGCUGCGGGGCCGCUGGGGCCGAUGGGGCCGUGGGGGCCGCUGGGGAGGGCCGGAGAGAGCGGACCGCCCGGCGAACCGGGAGACAAGGGUGACGUCGGUCCGACCGGAAACAUGGGGGGGCAGGGUCUGACUGGCCAGAGAGGCGAGGCGGGCAUCGAUGGGGAGGCUGGACUCAGUGGACCCGAUGGAGCCAAGGGCGACGGAGGGGACGCCGGUCAGGAAGGCGCCGCGGGGGAGCGGGGCGAAACCGGCCUGCGGGGAGAGGAAGGAGCCCGCGGGCCCCCCGGGUUGGUCGGUGUCACGGGUCAGGAAGGUAAACCUGGCGCUGUCGGCGAAAGGGGAAAACCGGGAGAAAAGGGGAGCAAGGGCCUCCGAGGUCCCCUGGGUCAGUCCGGGCCCACGGGCGAGCAGGGGGGGACGGGGUGUGUCGGCCCGAAGGGAGCGAGAGGGACCAUCGGGCCGGGGGGUGCUCCGGGGAGAAUGGGCCAACAAGGAGAUGGGGGCCCAUCGGGUUACGAGGGUCACGGGGGAUCGCAGGGCCUCCUGGGACCUCCUGGGCCUAAAGGUGAAAAGGGCGAGCAGGGAGACGACGGCAAAGCAGAAGGUGCAGCAGGUCCCCGAGGUGACAUGGGUCCUCCUGGGAGCAGAGGAGAGAGAGGAGAGCCAGGUGAUCACGGACACAUUGGUCAAACGGGCCUCGGCGGGAGGAGAGGUGGAGCUGGCGCCUCCGGGCCUCCUGGACACGCCGGGCCGAAGGGACAACCGGGCCUGAAAGGAUCCAAAGGUGAACAAGGUCGGAAAGGAAAGCCGGGGGCGAGGGGUUCGCCCGGGACCAAAGGACCACCGGGUCCCGAGGGUCCGCUCGGCCCCCGCGGAGUAGCGGGCAGGGAGGGGCCCGAGGGCCUGUGGGGCGCGGACGGACCGCCUGGUGAAGAUGGAACUAAAGGAGUCCAGGGGGAGCAAGGGGACGAUGGAGAGGUGGGCUUUCACGGCAAACCCGGGCAGCGGGGCGCAACCGGCGAGACGGGCCUUCCUGGAAGUCGAGGCUCCUUUGGACCAAAGGGCGAGAGGGGCGUUGGAGGCCCAACUGGUGCUUCGGGGGAAAGAGGCUCCAUCGGCGGGAUGGGGUUGCCGGGGCAACCGGGAGAGCGGGGACCCGAAGGGCAACCGGGGUCUGCUGGGGAAAGAGGAUUUCCAGGGGUGCUGGGCCUGUUUGGACCAAAGGGACCCCUGGGUGACAUUGGCCCCGCAGGGAUCCAGGGACCGAAAGGACCACGUGGCCUGCUGGGAAUGGAGGGAGCCGCGGGCCCCGUCGGCAUCAUUGGCCCCAGCGGUCAUCCCGGAGCCGUGGGUGACAAAGGAAGCCGGGGGGAGACGGGGCUUCCAGGACCAAUGGGAUUUCGUGGCCCUCGUGGACCACCGGGACCACCAGGUCUUCCCAGUUCCUCACUCUUACUUAGAAACGAGGCUCUGGGCGCCGCCUUUCAAGUGUUCAUCGAUUCCCGCGCCGCGCCGAGGCCCGAGAGCAUGGACCUGCCCAUGUUGGACCAAGGCACGGAGAUCCUCAAGACGCUGCAGCAUCUCAGCACCCUGAUCCACAGCCUGAAGAACCCGCUGGGUAACCGUGACAACCCCGCCCGCAUCUGCCGAGACCUGCACAGCUGUGAGCAGAGGAUGCGCGACGGAACCUACUGGAUCGAUCCCAACCUCGGCUGCGCUGCUGACACGAUUGAGGUGAUGUGCAACUUCACCGGGGGGGGACAGACGUGUCUGAAGCCCAUCACGGUGUCCAAGCUGGAGAUGGCCGCGGGCCGCAUCCAGAUGAACUUCCUCCACCUGCUGAGCACGGAGGCCGUGCAGCGCAUCACGGUGCACUGCCUCAACGCGCCCGUGUGGGCGGCGGGGCCCUCGCUGCAGCCGUCCCCCGGGGCCGUGAGCUUCAGGGCCUGGACCGGGGAGACCAUCCGGGCCGGCGACCUCCUGGAGCCGCUCGUCCCCCGGGACGACUGCUGGAUCAAAGAUGGCCACUGGCACCAGACCCACUUCGUCUUCCAGACCCAGGACCCGAACUUACUCCCCAUCGUGGACGUGUACAACCUAGCGGUCAGAGAGCGCGGCGCGCGCUUCCACCUCGAGGUCGGACCCGUGUGCUUCUUAUAGGCCCCCCGGGGGGGGGGGAGGCGGACAGGGGAGGCAAAUGGUUUCCACGGCAACAGGCCGCGAAAUAUGCUUGGACUGCAGAAAGAGGAGGGGGCACCGGAGAAAGAAAGAAGGCCCAGAGAUAAGACUUCUAGCACUAAAUCAACCUAUGGAAAAUAAUAAGCUCCUUUUCUUUCAUUUUUUUUUUUUUCAGAGACUGGUUUUGUGCGUUUUAAAACCCUUUAACCCGAACGUCUCGCCCUACGUUGUAUCAUAUUUUCUUCACGGGCGCCGACCCGAUUUGGCAGAAAAGCGAUCUGUACAUAAAUGGGACAGUUACUAGGUUUAUGUAUUAUUUAUACGUGUAUAUGAACUGUACGUUGUAAUAAGAAGUGCAAUAGUUAUUUUUUAUUUCCAACAGAACAUCACUCAUUCAGGUAUGCAGUGAGCCCCAGACACACUGACCCCAGGUCAGUCUCUCUGAGCUUCUGUCCACUGCCGCGCGGCGCUAAAAAGAUGCUACCUCGCACUGCACCUCUCAUCUCGCGUCAAUCAGGGGGCGACACCGAGGGGCGACACCUCGUGAUGCAACCAUCAUGUCGUGUGACAGACUCUCGCCGAGCCGGGUCUGUGCUUCGUGAGGAAAACAAAAAAAGGGAAGAUUUGAAAUUAUAAGACGUCGGCCAAAUUCAUUAAAUUAUAUUUUCACGGUAUUCUUUUUUCU